AUGUCCAACCUCGUGCCAGACUUGCAAACACCAAGUAUUGCAACACCGGAGGCUCUUUUGGAGUCAAGCUUGUCCUCGAAUGCCCUGGUGGAGCAAGGUGCUAUUUGUAUGAAUGACUUGUUUGAGGAUCCUACCCAUCACCUCGAUGGCGAUGAGUCCCCAGCCAAACCGCCCAACCUCUCUCCUUUGCACCGAAAAGGCACCAACGCUCGCAAAAUCUUCGAGGCUAAGCAUGAGGUGGUAAUCGAAGUAAACUUCAAGAUUCAUGUCGAUCAAGAAGUUACGGUUGUGAUCGAAUCAUCUAACACCUCCAGUUGCAAACGCAAGGCUGCAACGGUGAAUGUCAUUGAUUCCAAGGUUUUCAACGCGUCCGGUGUCCGUCGUUUAAAACAAUGUCUUUAUGGGAUGUCCUUCAAGGAAUUCCGCGAAAUUUGUGCUGGCAUUUGUGAAGAGUACUCUACGGGAAUGAAGCAGAUUGUGUUAUCUUCUGAAGUAGCUCCAAAUUUGAUUUGGAAGGCCUCUGUUGGAGGCAGUAAGUUUGAGCUGCACAACUACACUCACUGGUUUGAAUUUGUCAAUUUCAUUUCACAACCUAAGAAGUGCAAAGGCAGUCUCACCAUCAUCACCCGGUCUGCCAAGGCGGCGGCGGCGCAGGAGGCCCAAGUAAGCACAGUGAGAGAACUCAUUGCUAAUACUAACGGUUCAAUGGCAAAGGAUAUUGAGAUGGAGGCAAUGUCCAAGGAACUGCAAUUCUCAUGCGGUCAAGAAAGAAGCAGCCAUCCUGCACUAUUAGGCCACCCAAGCCCCAGCGGUUCUAACGAUGCUCCCAGCUUGGUCAAUGAUUAUGAAAACAAUGCGGGCACCCCUCAAUCAGACGACAUUGAAAUAGAAUCUCAUUAUAAACGAAGUUACAUUGAAUGUCCAAUAUCAGGCUUGUUAAAGAUUUACACCCACGAAUGUGAUCCCAAAUUGUGCGCGCAAUUACCUUGUAAGACUUAUGUCGAUUUCUGGUUCGAUAUACAUGCCCAUCAUAUGAAACAUAAGAUGAAAUGA